UUUUCUUAUAGAAUUCUGAUGAGCUACUAUGCUCAAAAUACCAGUUACUCAGCAUCUACGAGCUGUUUUACAGGGCAGCAGUACCAAGGUCAAUUUGGGUAUUACAAAAAAUAUUGUGCUACGAAGAACCACUACUAAGAUACGACAAAUCCGAUAUAACUCAUCUCAUCAAAAUAGUCUUGUGAAAUCAUUUCCCAAGGUUCUAUUGGAGUUCGUUAAAAGGGAAUCUAAGUUCAUUGCAGACUCACUAACGAGAGAAGAAACAAGCGAAAUGUUGAGUUCUGAAAAUCUUAAGGGCAUGUCUAGUCGUAUUUCUGAAUCUUUGAAUGAUUCUGUUGAUGAUUAUAAUCGAUUCAUCAAAGUCCUAAGUUUCAAGCCUUCUGACAUUCCGGUAUCAUUAUAUCUUCAUUUCUUAUAUGAGCACAAGUUUUCAUUGGAUGAGCGAACAAGGAAUCUUUUCGUCAGUCGACUAGCAUUUCAUAAUCUUUAUGAACAUAUUUGGAAAGUCUUCAUAGAUGAGUCGAGCACCAUUAACGACAUUGAAGAACUUGCCAUAAUUAUAGGAGAAACAGCAAAAGAGAAUAACAAUAUAGAUAUCGGACUAUUAAAAGCAUUGAUAGAGGCUCAAGGUAACAUUCCCAACCAGUCAUUGAAAGCUGUGCUUUUAGACUGUAUAUCCCACAAUUUUGAUAUCCUGAGGAACACCUUGAGCGAAGCCUUGAUUACUUAUGAUCAACAUCCCAGUCUUUCUAAACCCUUAUCGGUUAUGAAUAUUUAUGAAGUGAUCUUAAUUUUGAGACAGAAGCUUCAUGCUCAUGAAGAUGUUAAUGCUGAGGUGAAAACGCUUCAUGACCUCUGUAUUUCCAAGAAAGGUAAUAUCGCUGGAUGGUUUGCCUUUAUAACCGAAAACAUAGAAAGCAAGUCCCUUGACAAGGAAUUGUUGGAACUCAUUCUCCAGAUGAUGAAAGGGGCAGGUCUCAAUGACUAUGAUAUUCUGAGGAUCAUUGACUUGAACAUAAUGUCGUCUUCAUCAAUUUAUGAACUUUUCCAACAGGAAUAUGUAUAUUCCAACAUAAGCUGGUCGUUGAAUAGGUUGACGAAUAAGCUUAUUGAUAGAGAUGUAGAUUCUUUGCUUUCAAGAAUUGUUUUGGAACACCAUAAUGAGCUUAGCAAUGACAUCUUAGUAAGUUGCUUACAGGAAAUGUUUAAAAAAGAACAUGAGUCGUUUUUAAAAUGCUUGCGUUCAAUGCUUGAUGCACAGAACCACCGCAAGUAUGAGCAGGUUUACAAGCAUUUUUUUGAGACAUAUAGACCAAAUGGCAUAGAGCUGAUCUUGCUCCACAAGGCCAUGUUGAAAACUAACAAUUCUCAUGACUUUUACUUAAGGUUGAGAGUCCACCUUCCAAUCGCUGAGAAUGAAAGGCGGGAAACAAUAGAAUUAUACAGGGAUUUUAUCACUGCUGAGAUCAGACCUACGACAGUUCUCCUUGAGUUAAUAAGAAGUAUGAUGGUAAGGAACCGAGUCUUAGAUGCUAAUGUGAUUGAUGAGCUUGUCAAAACUUCUAUAUUAAAACUAACUAAAGUGACUCCCAUGGGAAUACAGGUAAUAGAUGAGAAAAAGAAAAUAAAACUCAACAAUACUGUUCGAGCAAUAGCACAAUCUUUAUCCAUCCUUGAAACCCAGGAGGGUAUGAUUGUGCUCAACAAUUUGUACCAAUGCUUCGUUAACUCCAAGGAAUUCUCAAAUAUGGACCUUCGCCUCAGACUUAAGAUUUAUAAAACAUUGCUUUUGGAAGUUUUCAGAUUCAUUUCAAGGGAUGCACUGAGGAAUAUUGAUAUCGGUCUAUUGGCCAAAGAUCUCAUCAUAGACGAUAAAAUUCGGAGUUAUAUCUGUUACUUUUACGAGGUCAAAAAUUGUCCCACAAAAUCUCUUCAAAUCGUGAAAGAGUUUGCUGAUGAUAAGAGCAAAUUCACCAAGAAUAUAAUGGAUGGAGUAGAAGCAGGUAUACUAUCAUCCAAACUCGAAGUAGAUGAAAAACUUGAACUUUACAAGAGUUUCAGAAAAGAGCUCAGUUUAUAUGGUUUUAAGGCAAAGAUAAAGCCUAAGAAUAUCGUUCUGCUCAUGCAGUUAGUGCUCAAGUCACAGAGCGGUGUUUUGAAGGAGGGCUCACUAGACAGAAUUCUCUCGUUUUCUCUAAAACAAGGUGUACCCUAUCAUGUAAUCAACAAGUUGGUGAAGCAAAAAAGAACUAGGUGA